CCCGGCCGGACCGGCCCCUCCGAACCCCCCCGGGCACCGGGUGGUCCCGUCCCGUCCCCGCCGGGCUCUCCAUGCGAGCCGAGCCCCGAUGGCCGCGCUCCCGAGCGCCGGGAUCAAGCGCAAGCCAGAGGAUUCGGGAUUGGGAUCAGGAUCGGGAUUGGGAUCAGGAUCGGGAUUGGGAUCGGCCGCAUCCAGCGGCGCCACCUCGGACGAUGAGAUCGCCACGAGCGACAGCGGCGACAGCUGCGACAGCGGCAGCUCCGGCAGCACCGGGCCCCCGUCCAUCCUGCGGCGCUCGCGGGCGCGCCGGGGCGGGAAGCGCGUGCGCUUCGCUCAGGUCACCGUUUACUACUUCGCCCGGCGCCAGGGCUUCACCUGCGUGCCCAGCGCCGGCGGCAGCUCCCUGGGCAUGGCCCCGCGGCACCACCGCGCCCGCAGGUACAGCCUCAGCCAGUUCGCUCACCUGCGCCAGGUGAGCCACCGGCAGCACCUGCGGCAGCACCUCCGCAGGGAGAAACUGCGCGCCAGGAGGAGAGAGCUGACCCAGAACGGGACGGUGCCGUCGGCCGAGGCCGCGGGGCUGACCUUGGCUGACGUGUCCGACGAUGACCUGGACGUGGGGCAGGUGGAGGUGGGCGAUUAUUUCUACCUGCAGCCGCUGCCCACCAAGCGGCGCCGGGCGCUGCUCCGCGCCUCGGGCGUGCGCAGGAUCGAUGCCGAGGAGCGGCAGGAGCUGCGGGCGCUGCGCCUGUCCCGCGAGCAGUGCGGCUGCCUCUGCCGCCUCACCUGCGAGCCGCGCACCUGCGCCUGCAGCCAGGCCGGCAUCCAGUGCCAGGUGGAUCGCACGUCGUUCCCGUGCGGCUGCUCCCGGGACGGCUGCGGGAACGUGGCCGGGCGGAUCGAGUUCAACCCCCUGCGCGUCCGCACCCACUUCCUGCACACCCUGAUGAAGCUGGAGCUGGAGAACCGGCGGGAGGAGGAGGAAGAGGAGGGAGCAGCCGCCCUCCCCGGCCCCACCUGGCCGCCCCCACAGCCCCCCGAGACUCAGGACUUCCAGGAAUACCUGGCGGAGAACGAGCGGGCGGUGCUGCACCUGCAGACGGCCGAGGAGCUGGAGAGGCUGAAGGCUGAGGAAGACUCUGGAAGCGGCUCUGGGGGAGAGGGGGGUGGGGUCUGUGUCCUGGGGGAGCACCUGGAUGACACCUGGCAGGUGAAACCACCCCCGUGCCCCGGGCUCACCUCCACCAUCCUCAUCCCAGCCCAGUUCCCGCUGGAAUCUUCUGUGCUGUGCUACCCUGCCGGGCAGCCGGCCCCGGGGGGCUCCCAGCCUUACCUGCCCGAUGCACCUGGGCUCUACUGCCAGGUGGAGCCACGGGCCGGUGCCAAGGGUGGGAGUGGCCACGUGGAGCAUCCAGCUCCAGCCUCCAGCCCCCCUGGGAAGGAGCUGGGGGUCGCACCUGUCCCUGCUGCUGUGAGCAAGGGAGGAGCACCCCAAAAUCUCCCAGAGCACCUGGAGCACCCCCACCUGCCCAUAUGAGCGG